AUGACAAGCCGGCGUGGUAGAGGCAGGCCACCUAAGUGUUCAUACAAGAACACUAAUCACCCUUCUCCGGUGAAUAACCUUCAUUCUACGGUUGGUUAUUUUCCACAACAUAUAGCAAGGAAAUCAAGGACAAGAACCAAAACAAUUGCUGGGAAAACAUGGCCUCGUACGAGUCCUGGAGAUGUUGAAACGCUACCACAGUGGGUUACGGAAAAAAAUUAUAGCCUACCACAAUGGAUUACAAAAAAACAGAAUAUUAAUCCAAAGUCAAUCAAACUAUCGGAGAAUAUAAGUAGAACAUCAAGCAAUGAGUCCAGUUCAUCUUCAUUGUUGGAAUCUUCUUUGGUUCCAUGGAUGGCAGAAAUUGUGAUUCCAGGACCAAUUCCAGACCUCGAUUCUUUGUCCAAUGAAGUUAGUUUUUUAAAGGAUUUUUUUGCAGAUGUACCAGUAGAUUAA